AUGGCCGGCCCUGUCCCCAUCGCCCAUGCGCUAGGUGAGAUCUACACCUCCGACGCGCUGCCCUCACAAACCGAGCGAUGGAGCAGCCUUCUCACCAAGUUUGAGUCGGCCUAUGGCCUGCCCGCGCAGUUUGUCGCGCGCUCGCCCGGCCGCGUGAACAUCAUCGGCGAACACAUCGACUACUCGCUGUACCCGGUGCUGCCCAUGGCCAUCACUGCUGAUGCCCUGCUCGCGGUGUCUACCAGUCCCGUUACUCCCGGGGAUGCCGCCACGACGUACAAGAUCAAGAUUGCCAACGUGCAGGAUAAGAAGUUUCCGGCUCAUGAGUUUGACAUCCCGUUUGAUGCGGUUGAUAUCGAUGCUACGGUGCAUGAAUGGACCAAUUAUUUCAAGUCCGGGCUGAGGGGCGCGCUGGAGCUGUUGCGGAAAAAGCAGGCGGAUGGGUUCAGACCGCAGAAUAUGAAUAUUCUGGUGGAUGGUACCGUCCCGACUGGUGGUGGACUGAGCUCGAGUGCGGCUUUUGUUACGGCUAGCGCCCUGGCUGUCAUGGCGGCCAACGGGGAGGAGACUGUUGACAAGACGGAGCUGACGGAGCUGGCUAUUGUUAGCGAGCGCGCGGUUGGUGUUAACUCAGGAGGAAUGGACCAAUCCGCCUCCGUCUUCUCCGAGCGUGGUUCGGCCCUCUACGUCGCCUUCGCACCUUCACUCAGGACCCGCCCGGUGCAGUUCCCCAAGACCAACCCCGAGCUGACCUUCCUCAUCGCCCAAUCCUUCAUCACCUCCGACAAGGUCGUCACGGGCCCAAUCCACUUCAACCUGCGUGUCGUCGAGUGUACCCUUGCGGCUGCCUACCUCAACGCGGCCCUCAACCCCCCUGGCACGCAACUACCCACCGACGGCGGGCCCCUUGGAAUCUCCCUACACGGCUUCCACGAGACCUACUUUGCCCUACAAGAACAUGCCACCGGUGGGGCCCGGAAGUCUGACCAGGAACAGCUCCAAGAACUCGUCACGCUCACCAAAGAAACCCUCUCCAAGACCGAAGGCUACACCCGAGAGGAGAUCGCCUCCGUCCUCGGCCUGACCACUGACGAGCUCAACGCCAAAUUCCUCUCCAGUUUCCCCGUGCGUGGCGAGCGCUUCAAGCUGCGCCACCGGGCCCUCCACGUCUUCAGCGAGUCCCUGCGCAUGUUACAGUUCCUCCACCUCCUCGAGACCGGCCCGUCUUCAUCCGGCGGGGAUAACACAGAAGAAUACAACCAAUCACUCGGCAAGCUCCUCGACGAGACACAAACCUCCUGCCGAGAUGUCUACGAGUGUUCCUGCCCGGAAAUCGACCAGCUCUGCGAGAUUGCGCGGCGGAAUGGGAGCUACGGCUCACGGCUGACGGGUGCCGGAUGGGGUGGGUGCAGCGUGCACUUGGUCCCUGCGGAUCGGGUGGAUGCGGUGCGUGAGGCGUGGGAAAGAGAGUAUUAUGCGAAACUCCCCGGGGGGUUGACACAGGAGCAGAAGGAAGGUGCCGUGGUGGUGAGUCGGCCGGGGAGUGGGAGUGCGUUGUUUUUGGUGAAGGGGGGGAAGUUGGAGUAA